AUGUCAACACACCACAAUGGUCAGCUAGUGCAAGAUGCUGAGCAAUCGUCUCAGCCUCAAGAGCCAGCACCUGCUCCUUUACCAGAGGGCGAGGCAGGUGAGACUGUGACGGGGCUUGACGCGUCGCAGACCAAUCGCGAUGGAGAUCAAGAGAAUGAAGAUGAUCAAGAUUUGACCACGGCGUUCCUGGCCUACGCUGCUGUGAGUCUGAACUCAGCAAGGCUGCCGUUGAGCAGGCGUGCGCUGGGGCUGUAUCCGGCGUUGUCAAGCGCAGAGUCUCACUGAUCUUCCUCCUUCGUGUCAUCAGCAACAAAGGGGGGCCGAUGGUGAUUCUAGUCAGCGUAAGUUUUCAUCUAAGAUCUCAAAGCAGAUAGACGUAGAAUUGACCGAGUUGACCAUGACGCAACGCAGCACCGGCUGAUAAUGAAGCAUCGGCGGAGGGAGGCUCUCUGGACCACGAUCAGGCGGCGGACGCAUUGACGUCAUUCGCCUCUGGCGAGAGGCGUUCAACUGAACCACAUCACGAGAAUGGUCAACGCGAUGGCAAAGAUGACCAAGAUGACUACCGUCCCGUGUACGGUCAAGGCCAGUCGGGCAAUGCAUUCGCAAGUCAAGACGCUCCCGCAGGAGAAGGUCAGAAUGCGGAUUCUUCGGAGAUUCGCCGCGACACCCUGGGACCUGAAGACGAAGCCAUCGCGGCUAUGGGCGCUCUUGCUGGUGGUGACCCCCCUUCGGCCAACGGUGAACAAGCAGGCGAAGGAGGGACCGAGAACAAGGGAGACAAGCCAUGGAAGGCGAUCCCUGAGGGUAUGAGCGAGGAAGACGCUAGAGCUGCUGGCUACUUUGAUGAAAGUGUUGAUGACAUCAAGGGCGGCAAGAAGGGCAAGUCUAGAAAAGAAAUGAGCGAACGCGAGCUCAAGGACAAGCAUGUAAGUUCUUAAAUGGAGCGAAUAUGCGCGGCUUUGAUGGCUAAUGAGCACCACUUGCCUCGCAUACAGAAAGAGGUAGAAAGAAGGAGGCGAGAGGUGCUGUCCCAGAACAUUGAAACCCUGGCCAGCCUGGUGCCCGGCAUCGAUCCCAAGCAGCCAAAGAGUACCCUUUUGCAAAAGGUCAACGAGUACAUCAUCAAGCUGAAGAAGGAAGACCAUAGCAAUCUCGAGAAGUGGACGUUGGAAAAACUGUUGAUGGACCAGGCAAUGUCCGAUCUCCAGGCACAAUUCGACGACUUGAAGCGCGAGAAUGGCCGUUUCCGUGAGCAGCUGGGUCUGCCUCCUGCUGAAGAUAACCCGCCCGCCUCAGCGCAACUUGAGAGCGCAAAGCAGGACAGCGAGCGGUUGAGAGAUCAGUACAACCUUCAAGGCGACGAGAGCCAGCCACCUGCGCCAGCUCCCGCUGCCGAGGGCAACGACCAAGGCCAGGGCGACAUCUACUAUCCUGAAGAUAGGUCACAGGAAUACUCUGGAGACAUCAAACAACAACACCAAUUCAACGAGCACGAUGCGGGAGACCCUACGGCUGCGGAAGCCGGUGUUCCAGCACCUUCGCACGAUGAUGCCGAAGCCCUGCGCCAAUUUGCCGAAGGUGCUGUUGCUGGGGCUGCAGCUGCUUCUGCCCGCGACGUUGCUGCUCAGAAGGGCGGCGAUGUCGAGAUGGCUGUGGACGAGGCUUCGGGCGGUGCUAAGCGCGCUCUCGAAGCUGAAGCUCCGGUCGAGUCUGCGCGUAGCAAACGUGCGAGAGGUUGA